AAUCUCCAUUAACAACCUAUCUUACACAGAAAUCCAGGUUAGUUAAGAUCGAGAAACUAAUUCACGGUUAGAGAGUGAUACAAGAUCCAUAAUAAACCUUCUUUCCUAUUAGACCCAACUCGUCAAGAGACUACAACAUUAAUGGAACCCGUGGGCGGAGCACUCCUGGGGCUCGUUUUCCAGGAGCUGUACACCACCAUCAAGCUGUACAUGCACCCUUCCCUCACACGCGCCUCCACGCUCCGCUCCAAGCUCGCCGUCCUGGCCGGGAAAGUGGAGCCGCUCAGCCGCAGGUUCGCCGCCAUCGACGCGCGCUACCCGGAGUCGGGGGCCCACAGGGAGGCCCUGAAGCUGCGGGAGAUGCUGGAGAAGGCCGACGCGCUGGUGCGGGACUGCGGCGGGAUCCGGUGGUGGAACCUCCGGCGGAAGCGGCGGUUCUCCAAGCGCCUGACGAGGCUCGACGCGUCGCUCGGGAUGCUGCUGAGCGUGGAUUUUGGGCCUGGGGCGGUGAUGGGCCGGCUGAUGACUAUAGAGGCCCAGGUGGUGGAGAUGAACGCGAAGCUGGAUCGGAUGUACGUAGGCCGGCAGGUGGGGCCCGCUCCGCCGUUGGGGAGGCAGAGGAGCGGCGGUGGUGGUGGGCGACGGGGGAUGAGGGUUGAGGUUCGUUAUGAGAGGACGGAGAAGAGGACGUGUUUGAACAUUUCGGUUUGUUGGGGUCAUUGCUGCGGCGGCCGUGAUAAUGACGACGACGAGGAUGGUGACCGGAGAGGAGACUAUCGCAAGCGGGCCUAAUUAACAAGAGAAGGAGACUUGGGUUAUGGAUUCUUGAGACGACUCUGCUCAUUUGUAUACUUGAUUAAUUUGUUCAUUGUCAUGUACGUGAAAUAACAACCAUGGUUCAAU